AUGUCUCGCCUCGACGCUAUCGCGCCUCAAAUCGCAAGGCGCGGCUUGCGUGAGGCCACGGCCGCCGCAACAGCCUUCAACCGGUCGCUGCGCCUCGCCACGAAACCCGAAAGGACACCGCAAUCAACCGAACCGAGGAUUUGGAAGGAAAGGAAGAUCAUAGUUGGGAAGUCGCAGCCUGAGCGAGCGGUUGGCCGUCAGCGCGUGUGGACAAUUGGAAUACAUCGAGUGUGCUGGCCUGGUUGGAAAAAGUACCUUAUUUUGGCCACAACAAAGGUACUCCGCGAACUGCGCCCAAGCUUGGGCACUAAAGUUAGGAAAAACGCUUCGACCUAG